UGUUUGCCGAAAUGCAGUUCUCCAUUGCACUCAAGUGAAGAUAACAGGGGAAAAGUGUCUGUCUCCCAAGACUCACUUAGAUUGCAGCAAUGUCAACUCUAGGUCUUCUCCAGUCCUUCCUCAGCUAAGCUGCCAUUCUUUGGGUGCUGGUUAUCUCCCAACAGAGUGCAUCUCAGGAUGUAUAUGUCCCUCUGGACUGUUUGAUGAUGGCAGAGGGGGCUGUGUAAGUGAGAAUGAUUGUCCAUGUAUUCAUAACGGCGACUUUUAUCCUCCGGGACACACUACAACAGUGGGCUGCAACAAUUGUACCUGCUAUAAAGGAAAAUGGAAUUGUACCAUAAAUGAGUGCUAUGGGACUUGUAUUAUAUAUGGAAGUGGUCAUUAUGUCACCUUUGAUGGAAAACACUAUGAUUUUGAUGGACACUGUGAAUAUGUGGCUGCCCAGGAUUAUUGUGGUGAGGACCCCAGUGGCACAUUUAGUAUCAUCACAGUUAAUGUUCCAUGUGGAACCACAGGAGUCACCUGCUCAAAGGCUAUUAAAGUAUUUCUCAAGGGAAUUGAAUUGAAGCUGGAGGACAAGCGCUAUGUAGAAAUUCAUCGAGAUGCUGGCGAACAUGUACAUUAUUGGACUCGGACAGUGGGGCUUUAUCUUGUUAUUGAAACCAGCAGUGGUGUGAUGCUCAUCUGGGAUAAGAAGACUACUAUUUUUGUAAAGCUGACCCCUAAUUACAAG